GGCAACUGCUCGGGCAGAGGCAAUAGGCGUUCUCAGGCUCCCUCAAAAGAUUGACCUCAUUGUCUUGAUGUUCCAACGUCUCAUCACAGUAAUCGGGGAUGCGGAUUUAGUCUAUCUAGUUUGUGAGAUUCGGUUGAUCUGUCUCAGUCACCCAUCUCCCUCCUUGUGGCUCCGUGAUUUGACUCCGUCCACUCUUGAAAUGGCUGGUGAUUUGAUUUUCCUUUUCUGGUUUUGAGUAUUCUUUUUUUUCCUCAAUAUAUCAUCAUGGAUUCGC